GGUGAGACGGAUUUGCUUCAGCAAUCCUGGGUCAAAGAAAUAGCUGAAAAGCACAAGAAAACACCUGCACAAGUCCUACUGCGUUACCUCGUGCAACGUAACAUUAUCGUCCUGCCCAAAUCAUCAACACCUAGUCGAAUCAAAGAAAACGCGGAGAUUUUCGACUUCAGUUUGACCGAGGAAGAAAUGACCACACUGAACAGUAGAGGUCUCCACGAACGCCAAUUCACAUUCGUGGGAAUGCGAUAUCACCCGGAAUACCCGUUCCACGAUGACUUCUGA